AACUGCUAGAAUCAAAAGGCAAAAGUGGUGACUCAAUGGAAGGAAAUUUGGGUAAAGAGGAUCAGACCCAGAAAGCCAAAGAGGUACAAAAAGAACAACAAACUGAGGCAGAGGCUACUGAUCAUCCCAAAAGCAUUCCCAAGGAGAUGAAGCAGCUUCAACAUUUUAUCCAUCCGGAGCAUCCGUUGGUCUUCAAUGAAGACAGAAUUUACGGCGAAAGGUGUUAUGGGUGCAAGGAACCAAUACUGGGUCCUAGCUACAGUUGUAAAGAAUGCGGAGGGUGGAUGACCUUUCAUCAUAAAUCAUGUGCGGAACUACCCCUUGGGUUGCUGCACCAUCCCUUGCACCCAUUACAUCCUCUUCUUCUCUUUGCGCCAUGGAUUGAUUCAGAUGAUUCAGAUGAUUCAGAUGACGAAGCUAAUUCUGAAGUCUUCAAAGAUUGCCAAGUUUGCAAAGAAAAUCGUGGGGGAUAUUGUUAUGGUUGUUUCCGUUGCAAUUUUAAGCUUCACAUUAGAUGUGGUUCUUUACCAUUGACGAUGGAAGCCGCAGCUGAAGUCCACGAGCACCCAUUGACUGCCAUUUGGAAGCAGAUGACGUUCACAUGCGACCUUUGUGGCAAAGAAGACAAAGGAAUGCCCUAUGUGUGUAACCCAUGUGGUUUCUUCAUUCAUAGAAGAUGUGCUCAUUCUAUCCCAAGCAGACUGAAAGUCGUACGGCACAAUCACCCCCUCAACCUCAUCCAUUCUCUUGAACUCCAUCAAUCCAACUCCCAAUUAUGUCAACUCUGUUUUCUAAAACUGGACACAAACUAUGCCCUUUACUAUUGCUCCACAUGCCAUUUCGCUGCCCACCUCGAUUGUGCUAUUGACAGGGGAAACAUGGAGGACAUAAAUUUGCUGGAACUUAAAGAGGAGGAGUCCGCCGAGUCAAAAGCUAUGCUGGAAAAUGUAGAUUCAAAGCUCGAUCAAUCCGUUGACUCAGAAAUUUGCAAAGUCAUAAAAACCACUGUGGGGGAGGACGGAACUGAAAUUGCCACAGAAAUCAAACACUUCAGCCAUGGGCAUCACUUAAAGCUUACUGAUGAUGAGGAUCCAAAUAACAAAAUUUGCGACGGGUGCGUACGAGCUAUUCUCCCUCCAUCCUUUUACAGUUGUGUCGAAUCCAAUUGUAGCUUUUUUCUUCAUGUAUUUUGUGCUAAAUUACCCAAAAUAAAACAACACCCACUUCAUCAACACCCACUCACCCUCACUUAUGAGCGAUGGUAUUUUUGGUGUUCUGCCUGUGAUCAGAGGUGCAAUGGCUUAUACUACAAUUGUGAUAAAUGCUACUUUCAACUCCAUGUUCAAUGUAGUUUGAUCUCAAACAACCUUCCUCAUGCCUGUCACGACCAUCGUCUUUACCUCUCAAUCACAAACUAUAAACAGAAUUGUAGUAUUUGUGGUAUUGAAAGAUACCAAGUAUUCCGUUGUACCACUUGUGAAUUUGUUCUAGACUUCAAAUGUGCUACACUACCACAAACUGCAUGGUACUACCAACAUGAGCAUCCCUUCACUCUAUGUUAUGCUCCCGAAGAUGACUCCGGUGAGUAUUACUGUGACAUCUGUGAAGAAGAACGAGAUCCCAAGCAAUGGUACUACUACUGUGAAGAAUGUAGUUAUCCAGCUCAUUCCAAAUGUAUUCUUGGGGAACACCCACAUCUAAAAAGAAACCCAUAUAAUAGCUAUAUGUUUAGAUAUGCUACACCUUAAUUUGAUUGUACAGACAACCCUCAAUGACACAAAUGAUCUAUCAAUGUGCCCAAUGUAAUUUCAGCAUUCAUGAUAAUUGUUUAAAGAAACAGAAUUUUUUU